AUGGCAGAGUCACAGGCAAUACUUGCACAAUUACAGCCGGUCCUGAACAAUCUGCAGGGUCUGCCAUACCCGCAUGUGGACAAUCCAGAAGGUUGCAAGAAACGAGCCAGCGUCGCCAUCAUCAUUCGCGUCCGAACCGCGUUUCAGCCAGUCCCAGCACCGAACGAGUCACUGGUAGAUCUUCAACAGGACGAACCACAGCCUGACUCCAUCGACGAUUUCUUUGCGCAAGAAUGGGUACAAAACGGCGAUCCAGAAGUCCUCUUCAUCAAGCGAGCGGGAAGAGCAGGAGAUAGAUGGUCCGGGCAUAUCGCACUGCCUGGAGGGAAGCGUGAUCCUGAAGACGAAGAUGACAGAGCUGCAGCGAUACGUGAGACCAGGGAGGAAGUCGGACUCGACCUGAGUUCCAGAGACGUGCUGCAAGCUGGGAAUCUGCCUGAGCGAAUCGUUGCAACAACAUUUGGCAGAGUACCGCUAAUGGUACUGUGUCCAUUUGUCUUUCUCUAUACCAGCAAGACAACACCUCAACCGAGACCUUCUCCUGACGAAGUUGCCUCGUGUCAUUGGGUACCUUUGCGCGCAAUUCUUUCACCCAAGUUACGCACACGAGAAUAUGUCGAUACGGCUAGUCGUAUGGCCAAGCAGGGUGGACCAGUUCUGCAAUUCGUCUUGAGGUGUUUGGUUGGCAAGAUGAUGUUGUCGGCCGUCAAGCUUGUUCCCUCUGAAAGCCACUUCGCUUCGUCUGUGCCUGGCUUUAUUCCCUCAGAAGGAGAAUCAGCCUUCACUGGCCUUGCUGAAGGCGCUUUCGGUAUUCCUUCAUCGAACCAAGGCCUGGCUCAUUUGCAGCCAUUGAUGCUAUGGGGGUUGACGCUCGGUGUCCUCGCUGAUUUUCUAGAUAUGCUUCCACCAUACAACGCUGUCAGACUGUGGGAGUAUCCGACUUUCACACCUUUGGACUUACGGGUCUUUGUCUGGCUCUUCACCCGCAGUAUGCGCAAGAACAAUGCACAUGAUAUGAACACUGGUACCUGGCCUUACAACAAAGGUAAGAAGACUAGAAGACGUGCAAGUCAGACUGCCAUGGACGCCACUUCAUACGCAAGGGCCGUAACAGAAGGCGAACCAACGAGCAUGAAGUCCAAGAAUGGAGCUGGGAUUGAGGGACUAGGAAUUGGCUCUAAUCCUCAGGACUCUAUCGGCAGGUUACUUGAGGGCUACUAUCACAACUUGAAUGUUGCAAUUGUCGCAUUUCUUGUGUAUCGAACUGCUGUUGGAUCAGCUAUUGCAUAUUAUGGGUUCAAGCUGUGGAGGAAAUAUCAGUCUAGGUUGUAA